AUGAGGAAGACAGUCUGUACCGUCGUGUUCCUAAGCAUCGCUGCAUGUUCCUUGGUGUGCGUACGAGCAUAUCCAACCCCAUCCGCCUUGUCCGCCCAGUCCUCCCAUAGAGCGGCCUGGAUUAACAUUUGUGGACAAGACAGACGUCUCAACACCACAACAAUACUGAAGGGAAAACAGCAAAAAUUGAGCCUCCACAAGGCUCUCAACAGAUCAAUCACUCAUUAUAGAAAUAAUUUGGCCCACAUCAGCCGAAAUCUGUGGCACUUACUAAGAUUAGACGAGCUGGGGGAUGUGCAACCCUACAAUUUUCCAGAGUUCCACCGCGCGCCAAAAGCAAUACACCAGCGUCUACAAAUCUACGUUGCAGUGUUUGAUGAGCUGCACGAGAAGGAAAAGGGAAAAACUCAACAAUAUGAAGAAGAUCAGAAGGCGGCGGAAAAUCUCAAGAGCUUGCGAAUAUGCACGCAAAAGCUACUGUGCAUGAUGGAGGAUAUGUUCAAUGGCACGGACAUGCUGAGGAUGAAGAACAAGAUGAAGCACAUCUCCGUAAAAGCUAUGCGAGAGAAGCUCGAGAUCAUCAAUAGAGACAAACUUGAAAAAUCAAUUAAACGCGCUCUCAUCGGUAUUGGCGACUUCUCAGAGAAAUUCCAAGAGUACAUUGAGAAGCGUUAUCACACAUUAAACGCGCAGGUGAACAAGCGACAGGAGACGAGAUUGGAGAAUUUGCUCAAGAAAUGUGGUGGAAAGCCAAAAGGUUGCGAUCCAAGGGAGAGGAGAAAAAUUAAGAAGUUAAGACAGCAAAUAAAGCAAAAUAAGAAAGCGUCACAGCAAUAGAUUGUACAUAGGUAAAGUGUCCAAUUGCCAGUUGAGUUCACUUAGUUUGCGAGCCUUCAGGCUCGAAGACAUUAAUUUGCAAUUGUGAAAACACCCAAAAUUAGUAUUAUAAGAUCAUUUUAGAGAUCAUACUUAAUGCAAAACUCAUGUUAUUCUGAUCUUCAUCAAAUAGUACAAUUAUUUACGAUACUCAAGCACACACAGAAACAGUCAAGGAAAAGAUUUGGUUUAUCUUGAUAUAUUACACUUUUCUCAAAAGCAUCGAUUACUAUUUAAAAAAAAGUAUGUAUUGAAUGUUAAGAAUGCAUGAAAUUCAGAGAAUCACGGCGAUUUUCACACUAUUUUCCCAUAUAUUUCACUGUAAUAGCUUUUCACUGAUGCUUCAUUGGAAUUCCAGUGCGAAAAACUUUGGUAAUUCCAGACUUGCAACAAUUAUCACGUGCAAUCCAUUGAUUCAUUUUUCUAAAUGCUAUUUUCCUCCACAUCAACUUGGAGGUGAUCCCUUCCCAAAUCCACUGGAAAAUCUAGCUAGAAUACCUCGCAUUAUUUAAAAAGGUGUGCUUAUGAGUAUCGGCUUCAUUACUGCGUAAUGAUCACCUACAAAUUGUAUUUGUGAGUGUUAUCAGAGGCAAGAAAACUUUAUAUUUAAGAGAGAUUUGACAAUGCGAAGCACUUCGCUUGAAAUUGCCACAAAGUUUUUUUCUUAAUGCUCUGUGAUAUAAAUUAGAUAAAAAUUUAUAUUAUGUGCCAAAAAGAAUUUUCCUCUUGCCAGAUAAUGGGAGGAAUCUUUGACAUUAGACUCUUGUAGGGCAUAGAACAUGUAAGGCAUAAAAGUAUAAUGACAAGUUGAACCAAAAUGUAGAGAGUUGUAGAUUUUUACAUAAUAUUGAGAUGAUUUUAAAGAGAUAUUUAGACUUGACAAAUUCCACAAGUAUUAUUUACUAUUUACAUAGUGUAUUAAGUGUAAAUAGUCUAUUUAUUUGUCAUUUAAACUCUUAAUAACAUAGUGUCCUCUAGGUUAAGUUUCAUUAGAUCACCAUGAGAAAUCCGGUAAUUGUACAUAUUUAUGAUAUUUAUUUUUUCGUACUAUAAUUUAUUGCGCCAACAGCAUUAUAUCCCGAAGUAUCAUUUUUUAGCAUUGUGUCUACUUGAACAACUAUUAUUUCUGUAAUAAGAUUUUAAAUAGAGCAAGCAAAUACACUUUU